AUGGCGACAACGCCACAGAACACCGCCACCAGCACGGCUAUGUCCUUCCAGACCACCUUGGGCUUGUCCGACUCGCAUCUGACCUACCCAGAGCCUGAUUCCCAGCGCCGCAAGAAGUUCAAGCCCUCCAUCGACCCGCUCGUCCAGCCCGGCCAUCUCCCCGAAGUACCUCUCCACAUUGGAGGCCCGGAGGCCAAGCCGGACGUUGAGAUGCACUCCUGGAACCGCAUCAAUCCUGAGCCGGCUGUUGGCGAGUACCCCGGCCAGCAUCCCAUCCAGCAGCCCUACCCGCAUCCCGCCACCCCCGGAGCAGCUCCCUUUUCCCAUCCAAGGCUACCGGACCCCAUGAUCCUCCUCCUUUGGGAGAGAGGGACCCGAUGUGUCGGCCGCCAAGCCGGUCAAAGCGACCCACAUCAUGUCCAAACAACGGCGCCAAAAUGUUAUCCAAGGCGGCUUUGGAAGCCUGGUGGAGAUCCUUUGAGCGGGGGAAUCCCAGUUGGGUAUCUCCAUCGCCACGCCCAACCCGCCUCCGUUCGGCCCCUCAGCCACACCAAUGUCCGAGCAGAACAAUGCCAAGAAGUCCAAGACCAGCGGCUGCGGAAGAAGAGGCGAUAUCAAGACCGGCGCCACCAUUACAUCCAGGUCUAG